GGCUUGAAAUGAGGCGGCGGCGGCGGCGGAGAAGCAUUCAGAAACCUUCAGUCAGCGAUGGAGAGACUCAACUUACUCGUCUGCCUCGGCUUCAUCUGUGUGGCUCCGACUCUGGCCUCGUUGAGCCCCCGAGGAGCGCGCCCCGUGGAGCAGGGCACCAGGUCGGAGAAGUGCGCCAGUGAGAAGGAGUGGCCUUUCUGCACAGACGACCAAUGGGGCUCUAAAUGCCCAUCGGGCUGCAGGAUCCAGGGUCUGAUCGAUAAAUUCGACAACGACGCGCUGAAGAAGAUCGAGAAGAUCCGCAGCCUCCUCGAUCAGUACAAAACCAAAACCGCUCCCGCCGACCAGGUCACCAAACAGACCUACGAAUACGUGAAGGACAAGCUCACCAUCGACUCUGGUCAUGAUAGCCGCUACUACGACCUGGCCCAGAAUCUGCGUCAGAGAAUCACAGACAUGAAGAUCAGGAUCGACCGGCAGCUGAGGGUCAUGGCGGCGCUGAAGGAUCGAGUCGGAGACCAGGUGGUGGAGAUGCAGAGGCUGGAGGUGGAUAUCGAUAUUAAGCUUCGCUCCUGCAAAGGAUCGUGUGAAAGCUAUUCGAAAUACGAGGUGGACCAGGAGAGCUACGUGGGCCUGCAGAAACAGGUGGACCAACUGGACUCCAGGGCAGGAAAGAACAUCGAGUCUGUGGGGACGAUGUACGUGAUGAAGAGCCAGCAGCCGCAGGGCGUCAUCAUGGAGAGCAUCUACAAGAGCGGCCAGAGCGGCCAGAGCGGCGCGGCAGGGCAGCAGAGAGUCGACAUGUUCCCGGAUGUGAAGACGGUGAAUCUGAUCCUGGAGUCGGAAGGCUCCAGCUCGUCCCCAGCAACCGUCUCCAAGGACCCAGGUACUUCCUACUCUCAGUCUACGUCAUCUACGUCGUCCUCGUCCCCCAUGCCGUCUAAAUCCAUCACUGAGCUCGGAGGCAACGGCGAUUUCCUCAGUACGGGCGGUGGGGGAUUCGGCCAUUCCAGUACAAGCCACGUAAGCGUCACGUGCACCAAGACCAUCCGGAGGACCGUCGUCCAAACCAAGGACGGGCCGGUGGAGAAGGUGGAGGAGGUGAUGGAGGGAGGCCCCGAGUGCCAGGCGCUGACGGACCUCACUAAUGGAGGAGCGAGCUCCCUCUUCCCCGGCCUCGUCCACACAUCCUCCUCCUCUUCCUCCUCCUCUUCUUCUACGACCAGGAACGUCCACACCGGCGGCGCUAAGGGAAGCCUCUUAGAUACCAAAGGUGCGUUCAUGGAUCCAUUCGGUACUGACCUCGGCUUGUUCAAGACGGACCACGGAGAUGACGACCUUCCUGAUUUCCACGCCCGGAGUGUGAAGAGCGGGCGUACCGAGCGGGAAGCAGAUUAUAUAGGAAAAGAUUGUGUCGAAGCCUACCGGAAGCACCUCAAAGGGGAAACGAACGGCCUGUUUCAGAUCAAACCCGGCGGUGCCGACUCCACACAGGUAGUUGAGGUUUACUGCCGGCAGGAGGGGCUGAUGGGCGGGUGGUUGUUAGUCCAGCAAAGAGAGAGUGGCGCACUCAGUUUCAACCGCACCUGGGCCGAAUACCGCAGCGGGUUUGGCUCGGUGGACGUGAGGGGCAGAGGGGAGAUCUGGCUCGGCAACCAGAACCUCCACCUGUUGACUAACCAGGGGGAGAGCAUGCUGAAGGUGGAGCUGGAGGAUUGGGAAGGGGGCGUAGCCAGUGCGGAGUACACGGUCAGGGUCGGCACGGAGGAGGAGGGGUACCCGCUGCACGUGUCCGGGUACAUCGGGGAGGCCGGGGACGCUCUGCUCGUGUCCCACAACGGGAUGAAGUUCAGCACCUUCGACAGAGACAACGACCGGCGGGAGGGGAGUUGCGCGGAGACGUGCGGGGGCGGGUGGUGGUACAACAGCUGUCAGUCGGCCAACUUGAACGGGAUUUAUUACAAAGGCACGUACGACCCGGAGAACAACGCGCCGUACCAGAUAGAAAACGGAGUCGUGUGGCCGACGUUCAAACCGGCCAAUUACAGCCUGAGAACCGUUCGCAUGUUCGUCCGAUCGGCUGCUUUCUAACAUAUCAACUUUGAUGUUUUCUAACCAGACGUCCCAGUAAAUAUUUGAGGCAAAGCUGAAAGUUGCUUUGAGACCUUCAGUUUGUUGAUCUGUCCGUUAAUCAUUGUGAGGUUUCUGCAUCAUGUCAACAGCGUCGGUGUGUUUUAGUGGAGUCAGCACUUUGUGUAAAUGUCGUUGACCUGUUUAUCUCACAGCUUCUCGUGGAACACGAUGUUCCUAAUGUUCUUCCUGUUACUCAACUGUGUGCGGAGCAACAACUGAACUCUGUUCCAUCAAUAAAGAUUCAAUGUUC